UGUAUUAUCCGUACAUAGUACUGACCUGCACAUAAUUGCAUCGUACCUACCCUAGGUAACUGCAAGUUACUUGAAGACUUUUGAAUAUUGAAGUAGUACCUGUAAUUCGCGUCCCGUUCCUUCACUCAGCUGAUAAUGAUGGGGUCUCCCCCCUUCCCCAUCCUUACCUGAUAUUCCCUAACCCCCUUAUUGUCUCUUUUCCCUCUUUCCCCCCCAAAAUAUCCUAAACCCCCAAACUUGCCAAGAACAUCAUUUUCGUCCUUUUCCUCUUAACCCAUUUAUCGACUGUGGGUUUUAUUUUAUUUUACUAUCCCAUCCCUUUUAUUCUUGCCUUGCCUUGCUUUGCCUUGCAUCGCCUUAUCUCGCCUCACCUCACCUCACCUCACCUUGUCACAUUUUCCUGAGAAAUCUGUUUCUCUUUUCGUUGUUACCAUCAACCGUAAUGUCUCGACGAUCAUUGGAAUAGUAAUAUGAUUACAAGAGCAUGUCACUCCAAGCCGUCCGCAAUGUCGUAUUGUUAUUCAGCAACCCUAGCUGGACGGAUGGCCAUUCCGUCCCCAGUACUAUCCUCAGAAAUAUUACUGCCCUAUCUAGCCAGAUAGCAUAUUCCGAAGAUCUGCUUGGAAAUAUCACUACCCUCUCAACCACAUCGGUAACCACAUCAAAUGGUGUUGUCCAAGGUCUAUUGUAUGUACCGGACCUCGGUGUCAACGACUCGUGCCAGGCUUUAGCGGAACCCUACAUCCCACAAAAUGUUACACGACAAGUGAAUUUACCGACGACAAGUUACAAUCUUAUCGCUCUCGCACCAUGGAUCAAUGCCGAUUGUACUCAGUCAUUUCUUGCCUCGGCUAGGUUGGAUCCUAUCCGGGGCAUGUUGGUCUACCUUCCAGAUAAUAGCACCAGCCAGCCACCAGCCGUGGACGACCAAGCCUGGGAUCUGGGAGAUGGAGGAGCCUGGAGGACAACCAAUCGGUAUCCGAUCUACGCAAUCCCUGGGGCCUCUGGAGCAGAGAUGAUGCGACAGCUUAGUCUUUAUUCUGGCGAUUUGUCACAAGUUCCUUUUAGCAACCAGAUUAUGUCGAUAUAUUCGCCAAACCCAGCAGAUUACGUACGCGUGUGGACGGAACUGACAGUGGCUACGGUAUCGACAACGCUCCCACUUUGGGCUUUCAUUCUCAUUAUUUUCGGUGUUAUAGUGAUUGUUAUUGGCACUACGUCAAUGCUAAUGCACCUCGUUCAGAGUCGUCGCCGGGCUUCACUUCGCCGGCGUGUCACGCGGGGGGAAGUGAAUUUGGAAGCUUUAGGUAUCAAACGACUGCCGGUACCGAGGGAUCAUAUCGAAACUUUUCCGCUAUUUACCUAUAAUUACGACCCGCCAUUACCAUCAUCACCCACAUCAACCAACGUUCUGCCAAAGAAAGGGCGGGCAUUAUCCGACGCUAGUCAAGGGCCUUCAAGCCCAAGAAAUGACGCAAGGAAUGAAACAAAUGAAACCGCCAUUAAUUACCAGCCCACGUGUAUUAUCUGCUUAGAAGAUUUCGAGUCGAGGAAGACCAUCAUUCGCGAAUUACCUUGCGGCCAUAUCUACCACCCCGAAUGCAUCGACGAAUUUUUGAGCCAACUUAGUUCGCUAUGCCCUUCCUGCAAGAGUUCAAUGCUUCCGGCUGGCUACUGCCCUAAGAUCACCAACUCUAUGGUACGCAGAGAAUUUGGCACUCGGAGAUUGAGAUCAAGCGGCACCAUAAUACAUGUUGACGUCGAAGGAGGUCGUCGCAGGUUAUCUUCAUGGAGCAGCUCUGUGAAGAAACAUAUCUUCCCCGUGUCGUCUCCCAAGCCAGAGGAGGCGGUUGACCUAGAAGAACAACCAAGAGGUGACAGGCUGAGCCCUGUGGAAACAACGCGAGAUCGCAUGCAGGACCUUGUUGUGCCCGUAGACGAGACGAACAGUGAUGACGGGCGACCUCAAUGGAAACGCGCAGCUCUUAAAGUUUUUCCAGGGUUCAGAUGAAGGUUCUUCUUGGCGGUCUGAUAUUAUACUUGAGGGGUUACAGCAUGUGUUAGCAUUUGGUUGGCGUUUGAUUGAGUGGGCAAGCAUAUCUAUUCGGACUUAUAUUAAUGGAUCGUAUCCAGGGCGUUAACAAGGGGUGUUAUCUUUCACAAUACUCAUGGCGUCUUAUUUACUGGUUGGAGGCUGGUGGUCUUGGUUGUUAGGGGAAUGGGACUGCAUAUGAAGACUGCUAGGAUAUACCCAGAUUUAACGAGACCAGUAUGUUUCGUAGGAAUGCAAGAAAAGAGAAAAGAAAGAUCAUGAUAUUAUAUAGUACGUACGUCUACAGGAUGUCAAAAUACUCACACCUUCGUCGAUUGCUUCUACCAAGUUCAACUACAUGCGACCACAAGUAAGUGGGCUGGACAUAACUUGAUAUGAGAGCUACAUGAAUUAUUUGGUCCGUGCAUUUAUAGCCUAGAUCCAAUGAGUGGUUGCCUAUAUGUACCUACCAAGUAUCG